AUGAUCAAGGCUUCAGAAAUUUUGGAGCUGCGUGUGCCGAGCUUUUUCUAUUUUGGACCAGACAGUGUGUUAUUGGGAGACGAAAAAGCACUGUUGGAAGAAGAUGCACUGUUUGAAGAGGGUGCACAUGAGCCCUUUGAAGAUGGCUAUGCAAAUGGUGAGGAAGGCACACCAGCUGGGGAAGCAGCUGCCACUUAUACACCUGAUAGCAAAGGGGUGGUCAAGUUUGGCUGGAUAAAAGGUGUAUUGGUACGAUGUAUGUUAAAUAUUUGGGGUGUGAUGCUCUUCAUCAGACUAUCAUGGAUUGUCGGACAAGCUGGGAUAGGUCUGUCUGUCUUGGUUAUUGGAAUGGCCACUGUUGUGACAACUAUUACAGGACUGUCUACUUCAGCAAUAGCUACGAAUGGGUUUGUAAGAGGAGGAAGAGCAUAUUACUUAAUUUCCAGAAGUCUGGGGCCAGAGUUUGGUGGUGCCAUAGGUCUGAUUUUUGCAUUUGCCAAUGCUGUUGCAGUAGCAAUGUAUGUUGUUGGCUUCGCAGAGACAGUUGUGGAGCUGCUCAAGGAAAACGGAACAUUGAUGGUUGAUGAAAUGAAUGAUAUCAGAAUCAUAGGGGCUAUCACAGUGGUUAUAUUGCUGGGUAUAUCCGUGGCUGGAAUGGAAUGGGAAGCAAAAGCACAGAUAGUCUUGCUGGUGAUCCUCAUACUUGCUAUUGGAGACUUUGUCAUAGGAACAUUUAUUCCUUUGGAUAGCAAGAAGCCUAAAGGUUUCUUUGGGUAUAAAGCUGAAAUAUUUAUGGAGAAUUUUGGACCAGAUUUCCGACAGGAGGAAACUUUCUUUUCGGUAUUUGCUAUUUUCUUCCCUGCUGCAACCGGCAUACUUGCUGGUGCAAAUAUCUCAGGUGAUCUUGCGGAUCCUCAGUCAGCCAUACCUAAAGGAACGCUGUUGGCCAUCUUAAUUACUACAUUGGUUUACGUAGGAAUUGCAGUAUCUGUAGGUUCCUGUGUUGUUCGAGAUGCCACGGGGAACAUUAAUAACACCAUUGUCACUGAGCUGACAAAUUGCACUACUGCAGCUUGCAAAUUAAACUAUGAUUUCUCAUCCUGUCAGACGGGUUGUCAAUAUGGGCUGAUGAACAAUUUUCAGGUCAUGAGCAUGGUAUCAGGAUUUGCACCACUGAUUUCUGCAGGCAUUUUUUCAGCCACCCUGUCUUCUGCAUUAGCGUCUCUUGUGAGUGCACCCAAGAUCUUCCAGGCUUUGUGCAAGGACAACAUUUAUCCAGGAUUUCAGAUGUUUGCUAAAGGCUACGGGAAGAACAAUGAACCACUGAGAGGAUAUCUUCUAACAUUUUUAAUUGCUCUUGGAUUCAUACUAAUUGCUGAACUGAACGUCAUUGCUCCAAUUAUUUCUAACUUCUUCUUGGCCUCAUAUGCCUUGAUUAACUUCUCUGUAUUCCAUGCUUCUCUUGCAAAAUCUCCAGGUUGGCGCCCUGCUUUCAAAUACUACAAUAUGUGGAUUUCUCUUGUUGGAGCUAUUCUGUGCUGCAUUGUGAUGUUUGUCAUUAAUUGGUGGGCAGCACUUCUAACAUAUGUCAUAGUCCUUGGACUCUACAUUUAUGUCACUUACAAGAAACCAGAUGUGAACUGGGGAUCCUCAACACAAGCUUUGACUUACCUGAAUGCACUACAGCAUUCUAUUCGGCUCUCAGGAGUGGAAGAUCACGUGAAAAACUUCAGACCUCAGUGCUUGAUUAUGACAGGUGCUCCAAAUGCACGUCCAGCUUUGCUUCACCUUGUCCAUGCUUUCACCAAAAAUGUGGGCUUGAUGAUCUGUGGCCAUGUACAUAUGGGUCCUCGGAGACAAGCCAUGAAAGAACUGUCAACUGAUUUGGCUAAAUAUCAGCGGUGGCUAAUUAAAAACAAGAUGAAGGCUUUCUAUGCACCAGUGCAUGCAGAGGACUUAAGAGAUGGAGGACAAUACUUAAUGCAGGCUGCUGGUCUGGGCAGAAUGAGACCUAACACCCUUGUUGUUGGAUUUAAGAAAAACUGGAGACAAAGUGACAUGAGAGAUGUUGAAACCUAUAUCAAUUUAUUCCAUGAUGCCUUUGACGUUCAGUAUGGUGUAGUUGUAAUCCGCCUAAAGGAGGGCCUGGACAUUUCUCACCUUCAAGGCCAAGAAGAGUUACUGUCAUCCCAAGAAAAAUCUCCAUGUACCAAGGAUGUCAUAGUGAAAGUGGAUUAUAGCAAGAAGGCUGAGACAGACACUUCUAUAGCUUUUGCUCGAUCAUCUGGUGAAAGAACUCCCACUCUACAUAAAGAGGAGGACGAGGAUGGAAAGACUCCAACACAACCACUGUUGAAAAAAGAUUCAAAGGGCCCAUCUUCUCCUUUAAACUUGGCUGACCAAAGACUUCUUGAUGCUAGUACUCAGUUUCAGAAGAAACAAGGCAAAAGCAAUAUUGAUGUCUGGUGGCUCUUCGAUGAUGGAGGUUUGACGCUGUUGAUUCCAUAUCUUAUCACAACCAAGAAGAAGUGGAAAGAUUGUAAGAUCAGAGUAUUCAUUGGUGGAAAAAUAAACAGGAUUGAUCAUGACAGAAGAGCGAUGGCUACUUUGCUCAGCAAAUUUCGGAUAGACUUCUCGGACAUUAUGGUUCUUGGAGAUAUUAAUACUAAGCCAAAGAAAGAAAAUAUUGCAGCUUUUGAAGAAAUGAUUGAGCCCUUCCGACUUCAUGAAGAUGAUAAAGAACAAGAAGUUGCAGAUAAAAUGAAGGAGGAUGAACCAUGGAGGAUAACAGAUAAUGAACUUGAGCUUUACAAAACAAAGACUUACCGCCAGAUUAGGCUAAAUGAGUUGCUGAAGGAACAUUCAAGUACAGCUAACAUAAUUGUCAUGAGUUUGCCAGUUGCACGAAAAGGUGCAGUUUCCAGUGCGCUGUACAUGGCCUGGUUAGAAGCUCUUUCUAAAGAUCUGCCACCAAUCCUCCUUGUCCGUGGGAAUCAUCAGAGCGUUCUUACCUUUUAUUCCUAAGAGUACUGCACAUGGGACAGCUAUGGUGAAAUGGUACUUCAGUGCCCAGGGCAGAGUGACUGACAUGGUCUGUAGUUUAUUAACAUCACAAAGGCAAAAAGUGACUCUUCUUUCACUAUUUCACUGACUUGAAAGCACACAAGGAAAGUCACUGUAUUUCUAAAGUUGUGACAUCUUCAGUUUUAUUCUAUAUUUUCUGUAAUUUAAUCUUGCUUAAUGGGGGAGGAUUCCUUGUUAGACUGAAGAACAAGACAAGCUUUUUGUUUGCUAUUUGAAUAGCAGCAAUAAAAUGUUUUAUUUUUGAUCAAUGAAAGGAUUAUAGAUUUAUAAAAGCCUUUUAGCCUUGAGGUGCCUUCUGAAAUUAACCAAAUCUCAUCCAUACAUCCUAUUUUGUAAAUUUAUAUAGAAUGUCAAAAUCUGCCUUCAACUAAAGAGUUUAGAUCAGACUUCCUUUAGUUUCUAGUCUCUUCCAUAUUACAAUAAAAAUGAAUGCUGCUUUUCAGUCUUCCAUUGAGCUAUUAGUUCUUAGUACUGUAUGUUUUCUAUUGUCAGAAAGUUUUUGGUUUUUUAUUAUUAUAUCUGUUAGAUUUAAAGGUGAGAAUUGGGGCAGGUCAGUUGAACUAAAACAAAUUCCUCAUGUUCUUGUCAAGAACCCAUGCUACUAAAUUUUGUUAACCAUUAAAACUAAUUCUGUUAGGAGAGAAGAUGCUUUUCUGAAAUGUGACAUGUACUACUUUGGCACUAGUCUGAGAUACACGGCUAACAUCAGCUACCUUGGCGAAGGACACUGGUCAGUCUUUGCUCUGUAGCUCUAAUAUGGAACUGAAUUCAUCUUGCUGGCUGAGGCUUUUUAUCUUAUCCCAAAUUAGAGGAAAAUAAAAAGACCUGUCCUAGUUCUUGGCCUAUUAUGUUUUGGUGUCACUUUCAACUUACUUUGAAACAAAACUCAGCUUAAGGCUUGAAUGGGGAUAAUAUAAGCAAUGUGAUGCUAUCUAACAGAAAACAGUAAACACUAUGUGGAAUCUUGCUAUCCAAUAUGAAAUGUAAAAGCUACAGUUCUCUCGCAUUUUUCAACAAAUGGUUAAAAGGACCACUAGUUACUAGGGGAGAUGUUUUUAGGUCAAUUCAUUCAGUUAUCGGAAAAUACAUUUAGUCUUACUAAAUAAUACUCAGGUUUGAUCGUCUAGCAAUUUAGAUCUAUUCCAUACAUCCUACUUUAUACAUUUUCUAUGUUCAAUAAAGAAACUGCCAAUCUUGUGUGCCCUUUCAUUGUAUAUUUUGAAAACUUCAUAAUUUAGGCUACUAUGAACAUCUACACAAGAAAUUUCACUUGAGCCUUUGUAUAAAGGUUAGUAAUGUGAACUGUUUUUUAAAUUCCUAAUAUAUUUUGGAUAGAAAGGAUUGCCUAAAAACAUUUCACGAGCUUUUGAUAUUAGCAUUGGACAUGCUACUGGAUCCGUUUACCAGUGGUUGAGUGACUUUCAUUUAAGGAUGCACAGAAAAGGUGUAUUUUUAUGCUAAGUACAAGAUAAAAUUGAAAUGUAACUGCUCCUUUUGAAGGACAAAGCAUAAUCAUUGUGUGGCAAAGUAGAGCUUCAAGUUUCAAUUAAAGAAAAAAAAUAUUAAACACAGUGCAGUAUACACUGUUGUCAAGUUCUUGGUAAACAGCAAAAAAAUCUUUUUGCUGUUUCUGGAAGUUGGAUUGGAGACUAUUGAAUCAUUUCACUUCAAAAAAAAAAAAAAAAAAAAAGAAAAACAAACAUGCAUGUUUUGCUGCUAAGUGU